UCUAGUUUGGGACGUGGUAUGUGAUAACACUACAGCGAUAGAGCGAAAGCAUCAUGAAGGUGACAAUCCUGCUCAUCUGCUCCUGCCUGGUCUGGGAAGGCCUGGGGAAGCCACAGUUUCCUGACCAAGAGAAGGAUCCUCUGUUCUGGAACACAUGGGCUCAGCGUACUUUGAAGAAUGCCCUCACACUUCAGAAGCUCAAUCAAAACACUGCAAAGAACCUCAUCCUCUUCCUUGGUGAUGGAAUGGGCAUUCCCACAGUGACAGCAGCACGAAUACUGAAGGGGCAGCUGAGCAGACAGAGUGGUGAAGAGACCCAGCUGGAGAUGGACAAUUUCCCCUUUGUUGCGCUUUCCAAGACAUAUAACACCAAUGCCCAGGUUGCAGACAGUGCGGGUACAGCCACAGCAUUCCUCUGUGGGGUGAAGGCCAACGAGGGCACGGUGGGCGUGAGUGCAGCUGCCGUACGUUCUCAGUGCAACACCACACAGGGCAACGAGGUCACCUCCAUCCUCAGAUGGGCCAAGGAAGCCGGCAAGUCAGUGGGAAUAGUUACGACAACGCGUGUGAACCAUGCCACCCCCAGUGCAGCCUAUGCCCACUGUGUGGACAGGGACUGGUACUCCGAUGGAGAGAUGCCCGCUGAGGCAGUACAGGCGGGCUGCAAGGACAUCGCCAGGCAGCUCUUUGAGAACAUUCCCAACAUCGAUGUGAUUAUGGGAGGAGGGAGGAAGUACAUGUUCCCCAAAAACCAAUCAGAUGUGGAGUAUCCUGGAGAGAAGAAACACUUCGGUACCCGCAUCGAUAGAAGGAACUUGGUGGAGGAGUGGAAUAAAAAUAAACAGAACGCCAACUAUGUAUGGAACAAGAAGGAACUUUUAUCGCUAAAUCCUAAUAGUGUGGAUUACCUUUUGGGUCUGUUUGAGCCUGGAGAUCUUCCCUAUGACCUGGAGAGAAACAAUGAGACAGAUCCUUCACUGACAGAGAUGGUGGAGGUGGCCAUUAAGAUCCUGAAGAAAAACCCCAGCGGAUUCUACCUGCUGGUGGAGGGGGGGCGCAUCGACCACGGACAUCACGACGGUAAAGCCAAGCAGGCCCUGCAUGAGGCAGUGGAGAUGGACCGGGCUAUUGGCCAAGCCGGCCUCCUGACCAGCAUAUAUGACACAAUGACUGUCGUCACUGCUGACCACUCUCACAUGUUCAACUUUGGAGGCUACACUCCAAGGGGGAACACAAUUUUAGGACUAAAUUCCAUUUUGAGUGAUGUGGACCAGAAGCCCUUCACAGCCAUCUUAUAUGGGAAUGGACCAGGGUUUAAAGUAGUCAAUGGUCUGAGAGAGAACAUCUCCACCCUUGGCUAUGAGGAAAAUAACUACAAGGCCCAGUCUGCAGUGCCGCUGAGUAUGGAGACUCAUGGAGGAGAGGAUGUGGCUGUGUUUGCUAAGGGCCCUAUGGCUCACCUGCUGCACGGUGUCCACGAGCAGAACUACAUUCCCCAUGUCAUGGCUUAUGCUGCCUGCAUUGGCCAGAACAGAGACCACUGCAUGUCAUCCAGUGGAGCCUCUAGUCUCAGUGCUGCUCUGCCCAGCCUGACAGCUCUCCUCACACUCAUCCGUCUCCUCUGCUGACCUUUCACCCCAACCCCCCUCCUGCAC